GAUAAAAGCUCGCCGCCGUCGUCACACGCGCCACUGGCCAGUCGCCGCAAAACGCCGGAAGACUUGCUUGUAAAUCGCGUCGUGUUCAAUUCCGCGCCUCGUGCAUCCUCGCCUGGACGAUUUUACGGUAACUGCAAGAAAUCGACCGUCGAGAUGGCCUCCCCGAUCAGGGAUCCCGCUGCGGAACAGCUGAACGAUUACAAGAGGAAGCAGCAGAAUGAGCCAGCCGUAUUACUAACUGCCAAUGGAGCGCCCAUUGGCGAGAAGCAGGCCAGCCUCACGGUUGGUCCCCGUGGGCCAAUGUUGCUGCAAGACUUCGUUUAUCUGGACGAAAUGUCGCAUUUCGCUAGGGAGAGAAUUCCCGAACGAGUUGUGCACGCGAAGGGAGCCGGUGCGUUUGGCUACUUCGAAGUUACCCACGACAUCACCAAGUAUUCUAAAGCCAAAGUGUUUUCCAGCAUUGGAAAGAAGACUCCUAUUGCUGUAAGAUGCUCCACCGUUGGUGGUGAAAGCGGUUCUGCCGACACUGUCAGAGAUCCACGUGGAUUCGCCGUAAAAUUCUACACCGAAGAGGGUAUCUGGGAUCUCGUGGGCAACAAUACGCCGAUCUUCUUUAUCAAGGAUCCUCUCUUCUUCCCGAGUUUUAUACACACGCAGAAGAGAAAUCCGGCGACUCAUCUGAAGGAUGCUGACAUGUUCUGGGACUUUAUCUCCCUCAGGCCCGAGACGACGCAUCAAGUUAUGUUUCUCUUUAGCGAUCGUGGCAUUCCCGACGGAUAUCGCCAUAUGAACGGCUAUGGUUCACAUACGUUCAAGCUGGUAAACAGCAAGAAUGAAAUGGUCUAUUGUAAAUUCCAUUACAAGACUAAUCAAGGGAUCAAGAAUAUCCUUGCGGAGAAGGCCGCCGAUCUCAGCGCUUCCGAUCCUGACUACUCGAUCAGAGAUCUUUACAAUGCUAUUGCUAAAGGCAAAUAUCCUUCCUGGACGUUCCAUAUCCAAGUGAUGACUGCUGAACAAGCAAAAACUUUAAAGUGGAAUCCGUUUGACCUGACAAAAGUGUGGCCGCACAAGGAAUAUCCGCUGAUACAGGUGGGCAAAUUGGUGCUGGAUCGCAAUCCCGAGAACUACUUCGCCGACGUGGAACAAAUGGCCUUCGAUCCGGCACACAUGGUACCUGGUAUCGAGCCGAGUCCCGAUAAGAUGCUGCAGGGUCGACUCUUCGCCUACGGUGACACUCACAGGCAUCGCCUGGGCCCGAAUCAUCUCCAGUUACCAGUGAAUUGUCCGUACAAGGGGAUUUCCAAUGCGAUGCACUACCAACGGGAUGGUAACAUGCCAAUAUACAACCAUGGUGGCGCACCGAAUUAUUAUCCAAACAGCUUUAAUGGGCCGAAGGAGUGCCCAGCCGCUCGCUCGCCGCCGUUCCAUGUGAGCGGAAAUGUGGACCGUUACGAUCCUGUAGAUGAGGAUGACUUUGGUCAGGCCACUAUCUUCUGGAAGAAGAUUCUCGAUGAGCCAGCCAAAGAGAGACUGGUGCAGAACAUGGUCGGGAGUUUGUGCCACGCCUCGACAUUCAUCGUCGAACGGGCCGUGCGAAACUUUGCUCGGGUGGACGUCGAUCUCGCUCAGAGAUUGACGGACGGCUUACGCAGCUGCAAAAUAUAUAUUAACGCCUUGGGAAAAUCGGCCAAUCUCUGAAGAGGAUAUACUCGUCUCUCUCUCUCUCUUUCGUUUUGUACUAUAACUGUAUAACACGUACUAAAAUACGUAAUUACGAUAUGUUACAUUUAUUUUUCGAUUAAUCGAACUUGUUUGUCAGAUCUUUGCCGAAAAUAUUUCUUUCUACACUCUUUAAUCGAUAUUUUCUUCUACAGUUAUUGUUUUAUAAUAUUAAUACUAUUUUACGAGGGUGUAGGUCUAAAGCUAUCAAUGGUGCCUUUUUGCGUAAAAACCGAGCGUUAUUCUAUUAUUUUUUCAGAUACUGCGUUUUACAGUGACUAUUGAUUGUGACGAUCUAAACAUCUUUAGAUUUUAUGACUCUUUUAAAGAAGAGAUGUGUUGGGAUUUAUAUGUAAAUAAAACUGUAAAUUCUUACAAACGAGA